AUGGCAACAAUCCAUUUUCUUCCACAAUCUCUUCCUCAUCAUCAUUCUCACAAUUCACUAAACCCCACCAUUUUCUUCUUCUCCUCCUCCAAAUUUCCCUGUAGAACAAAUCCACCCAAGUCCACCACCAAUGACCACCCCACCACCACCCAAGAACCCCCUACCCCCUCUCGCGGUGGCCGUAAAAAAUCAUCCACCCCCACAACUUCAAGAAAAUCAAGAACCCCAAAAGAUUCAAACUUUGAUAUCAACAUUGCAGAAUCCAACACCCAAAUGGAAGAAAUUGAUGAUUAUGAUGAUGGGGUUGAUUUUCCAUACCCAAACCCACCUUUGGUCUGCUGUUUUGGUGCAGCACAGAAGGAGUUUGUGCCAACAGUGAGAGUAUCACAUGAGCAAAUGGAUAAAGAUAAGUAUUCAGAGUGGAAAAUGUUGCAGUGGAAUCCACCUGAGUUUGUUAGAGCUCCUGGUGGACCUCCAUCUAAUGUUGCUAUAUCUCAUGUUAGGCUUGGUGGUAGAGCUGCAUUUAUGGGGAAAGUUGGGAAUGAUGAGUUUGGACAAGAAAUGGUUUUGUUAAUGAAUAAAGAAAAUGUGCAAACAAGGUCUGUCAAAUUUAGUGAUAGUAUGAGGACCGGAUGUAGUUAUAUGAAAAUUAAGUUUAAAGAUGGGAAAAUGAGGGUGGAGAAAGUUAAAGACUCUGCUGAGGAUUCACUGCUUAGCUCCGAAUUGAAUCUUGAUGUUCUGAAAGAGGCUAGGAUGUUCCACUUUAAUUCUGAAGUCUUGACAUCUUCAUCUAUGCGUUCUACUCUUUUUAAAGCAAUUACAUUGUCAAAGAAGUUUGGUGGUCUUAUAUUUUUUGACUUAAAUCUGCCAUUGCCCCUGUGGAGAUCACGUGAUGAAACAAGGGAUUUGAUCAAGAAAGCCUGGCAGCAAGCUAACAUCAUUGAGGUUUCAAGACAAGAGCUUGAAUUUCUUCUUGACGAAGAGCAUUACGAGAGGAAAAGGAAUUACAGACCUCAGUACUUUGCAGAGAAUUAUGAACAAACCAAACAAAGAAGAAAUUAUUAUCACUAUACUCCUGAGGAAAUUGCUCCCUUGUGGCACGACGGACUGAAACUUUUGUUUGUUACAGAUGGGACACUUAGGAUUCAUUACUACACCCCUUCUUUUGAUGGGGUGGUUGUUGGUACAGAAGAUGUGCUCAUAACACCGUUUACUUGUGAUAGAACUGGUUCUGGUGAUGCUGUUGUCGCUGGAAUAAUGAGAAAGUUGACAACACAACCAGAGAUGUACCACGAUCAAGAUGUCCUAGAGAGACAGCUUCGCUUUGCAAUUGCAGCGGGGAUAAUAUCCCAGUGGACAAUAGGUGCUGUUAGGGGUUUUCCUACUGAAAGCGCCACACAGAAUCUCAAAGAGCAGGUUUAUGUACCAUCGAUGUGGUAG